AUUAAUCAAUCUCCUAUUGAAUUGAAUAUUGAAUGAUGAUUGAAGUUGUAAUGUCUCUGCUCGUUCACGCUGCGGAAAUGGCGCCGCCGCUCAUUCAUUUUUUUUAUUAUAUAUAAUAAUCAAUAAAUCCCCACUUUUUCUGAGUGUUUUCAGAUUUCACGACGACGACCAUGGCGAACCAGAACAAGCUGCUGCUGCUGCUGCUCGUCGCCUUUGCUGCUGCUGCUGCUUUCGUGAUUUCAGCCGUGUCGAUUCAUGAUGAGCUCAUUGAGAAUUCUUUGAAUAAAGAUGCAAACAGCAUAGUCGGGAGAGUGAGAAAACUUGGAGGAGUUAAGUCCUACGUUGUCAGUGGCUCGAGUCAUUGUGAUGCUUCUAUCAUACUGAUAUCAGAUGUUUACGGUUUUGGAACUCCUCACUUGAGAAUGAUCGCCGAUAAGGUUGCUGGUGCUGGAUUUUACGCGGUUGUUCCAGAUUUCAUGAAUGGCGAUCCUUUCGUAGUUGGGAAUAAUCAGACAGAGUGGCUAAUUAGGCAUCGACCUGAAGAAGUUCAUAAACAUGUCGGACCUUUUUUUGAUGCAAUAAAAAGGAAAGGCGUAAAAAGGUUCGGAGCUGCCGGCUUUUGUUGGGGAGGCAAGGUUGCUGUGGACCUACUAAAUAACUUAGAGUUUGUUAAAGUCGGGGUGUUGCUGCAUCCGACGUAUACAAGUCCUGAAGAUAUUCAGAAAAUUCGAGUUCCACUUGCUAUUCUUGGAGGUGAGUUGGACAAAACAGCGUCGCCAGCGCUCUUAAAACAAUACGAAGAUAUAUUGAAGGCGAAUGGGGUGGAGAACUUUGUGAAGGUGUAUCCGAAUGUUAAGCACGGAUGGACAUUGAAAUACAACGAUACGGACGAACCAGCUGUGAAGAGCGCGGCCGAGGCGCACACGGAUAUGUUGAAUUGGUUCAUUAAAUACUUGAAAUAACAUCGUAUCGGGAAAAAGGGAAAAAUGUGUUUUAUAAGUUGUAAGGAAAAAACAUGUAAAAAAAAAUUACGAUGUUGAAAUAAAGGGGAGAUUGGAUGGGAAGAUGAAAUAACACGCGAAUUUUAUUAACAAUUGUUGUAUGGGUCGACUAUUGCAUUUGUUGCUUGAAAAGACAAAAAUAUUCUUA